ACAGAAAUAUUUUCCCUUGGCUCAGCAAAACAUUUCUAUUUACCUACAACCGUUCCCUUUUUCCCGUUAGAUGCCAACCAAAUUGUCAGUUCGAUGAGUUCCUGCUACCGGUCGCUAUGCAAAUCCUUCCGAAAUCCCACCCUGGCCAAUCCACUUCCGGUGCUGGAUGGCCCUGGCAGUGAUGGUGCUGGUGACCUGCUUCCGAAGAUGGCUCAUCAGUUUGGAACUCGCUUUGUCAACUCGUGGCAGAUGGAGUUCUUCAUCCGGUGGUAUGCCGUGCUAAUUAGUUUGAUCAAUGCGUGCUUUGCCCUUCACGACCUUUUCAAACGGAAGCGCAUUUUGGUGUCGACAGGCAACGGAAGCCGAAUUUCGAGCACAUUCAGUCACAAUGUUCAUAUGGCUACGCAAAUAGUGAUGCUACAAUGUAACGUCCUAGCCAUUAUCGGAAUAAUUAAGCAUAAUUGCACCCUGCUGCUGCCAUACAUCGUGAUCCACCUCGUUAUUCUGGCACUGGAGCUGAACUAUCUGAUUGUUGGCAGUGCGCUGGGCUGGGUUUUUCGAAAGCCCCCGACCGCUUCAGGCAGAGGACGACCCGCAUGGCGGUCAUUUUCCACGCUGGCUUUCGUAGCGUUCAAUUUGCUGAUAAUGAUCGGAGCCAAAUACGCCAUCAGCAGCUCCACCGGAAGCCACCAACCACAUGAACGACCGGGUGGAACCACCGGAUAAGGAAUCGGCUGGCUACGGCACGUGGAAAAGCUUCCUGCACUCAUCAGUAGUUAGAUUAAACGAGGCUUGAUGGUGCUCUAAAACAAUACGACGGAAGGCUCAUCUUUCCAUCGGAUGGUAAUGGUAGCAAGUUGCGGUCAAAUUCCAAUUCAAAUGGUCAUGUCACACAAUUAAACUUUAUUGAGUCACCCUGUCAAAAUUAAUUUCAUGACCGAGAGAGAUCAAAUGGCAAUACGUUUAGAUAAAAACAGGAGGAGUAAAAUAAAA